AUGCAGUCCCAACACGAGACAUCAGAAGCGGGACCGAAGAUGGUCAACCGCCUGCGCCAAAGCAGAUCGCCAUAUGUGCGCGCGCACAUGAACAACCCCGUCGCAUGGCAGCUCUGGGAUGCAGAAGCCAUCGAGCUUGCUCAGAAGCAUAAUCGGAUGAUCUUCCUCAGCAUUGGGUACUCGGCCUGCCACUGGUGUCAUGUCAUGGAAAAAGAGUCAUUCAUGUCCCCCGAAGUUGCGGCAAUUCUUAACGAGUCUUUUGUUCCAAUCAAGGUCGAUCGGGAGGAGCGUCCAGAUAUUGACGACAUCUAUAUGAACUACGUUCAAGCCACGACCGGUUCUGGUGGCUGGCCCUUGAACGUCUUCCUCACCCCGGAGCUCGAGCCUGUCUUUGGUGGAACAUACUGGCCCGGUCCUAGUUCAAGCACAUCACAGGGCCCGGGAACGACAGGUUUUGUGGAAAUUUUGGAAAAAUUGAGCGACGUUUGGCAGACACAGCAACAGCGCUGCUUAGAGAGCGCCAAGGAUAUCACGAAACAGUUGAGGGAGUUCGCCGAAGAAGGCACACAUUCCCAGCCUACGGGCCGUGAGGAUGAUGAGGAUUUGGAUAUUGAACUUUUAGAGGAAGCCUAUCAGCACUUUGUGUCCCGAUAUGACUCCAUCAACGGUGGCUUUGGUCGAGCCCCCAAAUUCCCCACCCCUUCCAAUCUCGGCUUUUUGCUGCGACUGGGCGCAUACCCGAAGCAGAUCCGAGAUGUUGUUGGGCAGGAGGAGUGCGAGAAAGCGACCGCCAUGGCCGUCACGACAUUGGUGAACAUGGCUCGGGGUGGCAUUCGCGACCAUAUUGGUCAUGGAUUUUCCCGAUAUAGUGUCACGACUGACUGGAGCCUGCCGCACUUUGAAAAGAUGCUAUAUGAUCAAGCACAGUUAUUGGAUGUAUAUGUGGAUGCCUUCCGACUGACCCAUGAUCCUGAACUUCUAGGCGCCGUCUAUGACUUGGCUGCCUACUUGACGACCACCCCGCUGCAGUCACCGACGGGGGGAUUCUAUUCCUCGGAGGAUGCAGACAGCUAUCCCAGUCCCAAUGAUACUGAAAAACGGGAAGGUGCUUUCUACGUCUGGUCGCUCAAGGAACUCACCCAGGUUCUGGGCCCACGGGACGCUCCGGUGUGCGCCCGUCACUGGGGUGUCCUCCCGGAUGGGAACGUUGCUGCCGAAUACGACCCGCAUGAUGAGUUCAUGAACCAAAAUGUUUUAUCUAUUAAAGCUACACCUAGCAAGCUCGCCAAGGAGUUUGGCUUAAGCGAAGAAGAGGUGGUCAGGAUAAUUAAGGGUGGCAAGCAAAAGCUUCGUGACCACCGUGAAAAAACAAGAGGCCGGCCUGAUCUGGACGAUAAGAUCAUUGUCGCGUGGAAUGGACUGGCGAUUGGUGCACUGGCCAAGUGCAGCGUUCUGUUUGGGGAGAUUGAAAGUUCCAAGGCAGUGCAGUGCCAUGAGGCUGCUUCUCGUGCUAUCAGCUUUAUCAAGGACAACCUGUUUGACAAAGCCACCGGGAAGUUGUGGCGCAUCUGGCGAGAUGGCAGUCGCGGCGACACUCCAGGCUUUGCUGAUGACUAUGCAUACCUGGCUAGUGGCCUGCUCGAUAUGUAUGAAGCGACUUUUGACGACAGCUAUCUCCAGUUUGCUGAGCGUCUUCAAAAAUAUCUUAAUGAGCACUUCUUGGCCAAGACGGACUUGACGUCUUCUGGAUACUAUAAUACCUCAUCCGAGGCGACUCCUGGUAUGCCGGGUCCUCUUUUCCGAUUGAAGACUGGUACCGAGUCAGCCACGCCAUCCGUGAAUGCCGUGAUCGCUCGGAACUUGCUACGCCUAGCGGCUCUAGUUGAAGAUGAGGGUUACCGCACCCUGGCUCGACAGACAUGCAAUUCUUUCGCAGUUGAAAUCAUGCAGCAUCCGUUCCUGUUCGUUGGACUGCUUGAUGUUAUAGUGGGGCUACAAAUUGGCACUCGUACGGUGACUGGCGUUUUCAGCACAGCUGAAAUCUCUCAACCAUCUGCUCGUGGCGACAGUCUCCUCAGUCGAAAGGAUGAGCCCAUGGCGGCUCGUGACCUCAUCGUGCAGCGAGUGCGGGCAGAGGCCGGUGCCGGCCUGUGUCCAACGCUUGCGGCCGCCUCGUUGGUAGAUAUCCGGCCCUCACAUCUCAAGGAUUUUGUUGGCAACCAGUCCUUCUGGCUAAAAUCUCGGAACCUUCUGUUCAAGGACUUGAAAGCCGGUGACCCAGCCAAGAAUCAUCUGAUGGUGUGUGAGGCUGGGCGUUGUAGGAUUGUGGAUCUUUAG